AUGCCCACAUCCAAUGAUACACAGUUCCACCCUCCCUACUUCCUGCUUCUCGGCGUCCCAGGUUUAGAAACUAUUCACAACUGGAUUGGCUUCCCUUUCUUCAUAGUGUAUCUGAUUGCAUUGGUGGGCAAUAUUACCAUACUCUUUGUGAUCCAAACUGAGCGGAGUCUCCACCAACCCAUGUUCUAUUUUUUGGCCAUGCUGGCCACCAUUGAUCUUGGGCUUUCAACAGCUACUAUCCCUAAAAUGUUGGGCAUCUUCUGGUUCAACUUGAGAGAGAUCAUUUUUGGAGCCUGCUUGACACAGAUGCUCUUCAUUCAUAACUUUACCGGCAUGGAAUCAGCUGUACUCCUUGCCAUGGCUUAUGAUCGUCAUGUGGCUAUCUGCAACCCACUGCGCUAUAGCAUCAUUCUCACUAACAGGGUGGUAGCAGCAAUUGCUGUUGGAGUUCUGGUGAGAUCUUUCCUUUCAGUGAUUCCCUUUGUGUUCCUGAUCUUGCGCCUACCUUUCUGUGGUAACCAUAUCAUUCCCCACACCUACUGUGAGCACAUGGGCCUGGCUCGUCUGGCAUGUGCAAGCAUCAGGAUCAACAUCAUUUAUGGUUUAGGUGCCAUUUCAAUCUUGGUGUUUGACAUCAUAGCCAUUGCUAUCUCUUAUGGCCAGAUCCUCCAAGCUGUCUUUCGUCUCCCCUCCCGGGAUGCUCGUUUAAAGGCUCUGAGCACUUGUGGUUCCCAUGUUUGUGUCAUCCUGGCCUUCUAUACCCCAGCCCUCUUCUCUUUCAUGACUCAUCGCUUUGGCCGGAAUGUCCCCCGCUACAUCCAUAUCCUACUGGCCAAUCUAUAUGUUGUGGUCCCACCAAUGCUCAACCCAGUUAUCUAUGGUGUCAGGACGAAGCAAAUCCGGGAACGAGUGUUAAAAAUGUUUUUUAAAAAGUGA